AUGUUUGUUUUAAUCUAUUCUCAUCUAUCUAUCUAUCUAUCUAUCUAUCUAUCUAUCUUGUUUCUGUUAAUGCAUAUCUAUCUGUCUCUCUAUAGUCUAUUCAAGACUAUUCAAGGUCCAUUUCAGUCUAUUCUAAUGUAUUCCUGUCAAUUCUUUAUCUAUCUAUCUAUCUAUCUAUCUAUCUAUCUAUCUAUCUAUCUAUUUCAGCCUGCUGAAUUAAUAUCUAUCUAUCUAUCUAUCUAUCUAUCUAUCUAUCUAUCUAUCUAUCUAUCUAUCUAUAGAUCUCUUAUAUUCAAAUCUAUUUCACUCGAUACAUGUCUGUUUCAAUCUAUCUAUCUAUCUAUCUAUCUAUCUAUCUAUCUAUCUAUCUAUCUAUCUAUCUAUCUAUAUAUAUAUAUAUAUUGUAUUCAAUCUAUUCUCAUCUAUCUAUCUAUCUAUCUAUCUAUCUAUCUAUCUAUCUAUCUAUCUUUCUAUUCUAAUGUAUUCCCGUCUAUUCUUUAUCUAUCUAUCUAUCUAUCUAUCUAUCUAUCUAUCUAUCUAUCGAUCUAUCUGUCUGCUGAAUUAACAUAUCUAUCUAUCUAUCUAUCUAUCUAUCUAUCUAUCUAUCUCCGUCUGUCUGUCUGUCUGUCUCUCACUCUCUCCCUAUAUAUAUAUGUGUGUGUGUGUGUAUUUCAGUAUAUUCAAAUCUAUUUCACUCGAUACAUGUCUGUUUCAAUCUAUUCUCAUCUAUCUAUCUAUCUAUCUAUCUAUCUAUCUAUCUAUCUAUAG